UCGAUUGUUUUCGAUUGAAUGGCGGACUACUCGAGCUACGGCCGAGAGCGAAUUUGAAAGACCGCUUGAUGAGUAUCGAGUGUCUGUCAAUGGAUAUGAAGUUCAAUUGAAUCCGUGUCUCCCUACGAUUGUAUCUUGUCGUUUGAGUGCUGUGCUACCUAGCAUGAUUUUGAGACAUCUAAACCUGCGUAAUGCUAUCUCGUCUGGUUCAAAGCUUAUAAAACCAUGCAGCCUCCAACUCAAUCCAAACAGAGCUUUAUAAAUUCACUUUGGUCUUUCACACAGGUCAACAUGACCCAUGAAGUGGUCGUGUAUGAUUAUCUAAUGAUUACCUAGACUGUAUACAGACUAGCGCGGGUGGACUCUUGGCAACCGCGGGGCGAACAAUAUUGGAAUUGACUCAAACGAAACCUCGACGACGACGACAACGACAACCACCAGCACCCGCACUUACAUAUACCCUCCCGUCCACACAACCAAAUACUCCUCUUUGACUGUCGACGACCAAAUCACAAAUAUCUCCAGUCUCCCCGCGACACGCGCGAACCCACCGCCCGCCAUGUCGCUCACAAACUGCCGGUUUUAUGAGGAGAAGUACCCCGAGGUGGAGAGCUUCGUCAUGGUCAAUGUCAAGCAAAUCGCCGAGAUGGGUGCUUAUGUUAAGCUGCUUGAAUAUGACAACAUCGACGGCAUGAUCCUGCUCUCGGAACUGUCCCGACGACGUAUCCGAUCGAUCCAGAAGCUCAUCCGAGUCGGUCGCAACGAGGUGGUCGUGGUGCUGCGUGUGGACAAGGACAAGGGCUACAUUGAUCUGUCCAAGCGACGAGUCUCGCCCGAAGACAUCAUCAAGUGCGAGGAGCGGUACAACAAGUCCAAGAUGGUGCACUCGAUUAUGCGCCACGUGGCCGAGAAGACGGAAACGCCCAUCGAGGAUCUGUACAAGAACAUUGGCUGGCCGCUGAACAAAAAGUACGGCCACUCGAUUGACGCGUUCAAGCUGUCCAUUACCAACCCGGAUGUGUGGAACGAUGUCGUCUUCCCCAACGACGUGGUCAAGGAGGAGUUGCAGUCGUACAUUGGCAAGAGGUUGACGCCGCAGCCUACCAAGGUGCGCGCGGACAUCGAUGUCACCUGCUUCGGCUACGACGGUAUCGACGCCAUCAAGACUGCGCUGAGUUGCGCCGAGGCCAAGAACACCCCAGACAACCAGGUCAAGGUCAGACUCGUUUCCCCACCGCUCUACGUCCUCACGUCGCAAUGUCUCGACAAGAAUGUGGGUAUCGAGACGCUGGAUCAGGCCAUUCUGGAUAUCAAGGCGACAAUCGAGAAGGCAGGAGGCCACCUCAAGGUGGUGGCCGCGCCCAGGGCCACGACAGACAACGACGAUGCCGAGUUGGCGGCGCUCAUGGAGAAGAGCCAACGGGAGAACCAAGAGGUCAGCGGUGACGAGGACGAGAGCACGAGCGAUGAGGGCGGUGUUGCCGAUGCGGAUGCUUAG